AAUCAGAUGUCAGAGGUCGGUGACAGGAAGUUCUGUUGUGAAACAUCACAUUGCUCGUCGCACCGUGGAGAGGAUCAAACGCGCUUAUCGAUAGAUCUCCUGCUGUUUGCAGGAGUUUGGAAGCUGAAGAUUUGAGGAUUUUCUCUUAUUUGAGGAGCAGCUGCCCGUCAGUCAUGCUGAAAGCUCUGGGACAAGCUUUUUUCUCCACCGGACUGAAGAGUCCUAAAUUCACAGCAGAGGAGGCGAAGGGUCAGGACUACGAGAUCCGCACCUACCAUCCCACUAGGUGGAUGAGCACCACUGUGAGUGGGAUGCAGGGCGAUGAAUGUACGAGCACCGGCUUCCGCAGGCUCUUCCGCUACAUUCAGGGCAACAACAAAAACAAGGCCAAGGUGGAGAUGACCGCACCAGUCACGUGCCACGUGGUCCCUGGAGCCGGCCCCGCCUGCGAAUCUCAGUUUACUGUGUCCUUCUACAUCCCAGAUGAGCUUCAGGAAAACCCACCUGAGCCCACCGACCCUGAUGUGUUCUUGGAGGACCGGAAAGAGUUCACUGCAUACGUCAGGACUUAUGGUGGGUUUUCCAAUGACAACAUGAAGCGGGAAGAGCUGCUGAAGCUUUUGGAGAGCCUGAAGAGAGACGGCGUCGAAUUUGUCGACAAGCCGUACUACACGGCCGGGUAUGACAGCCCCUUCAAACUGACCAACCGCAGGAAUGAGGUGUGGGUCCUCAAGAAAGCAGAGCAGCAGUAAAGUUGCUCCUAUCAACAACUUAACAAAUGCUCAGACUAAUGUUGAAAAGGAUGAGUUGGUCAUUUACCGUUUAGUAGCACUUACUGAUGUUGAUGACAAGACCAAAUACUUGGAAGAUGCAGCUGUGAUUGAUACUACAUGUCCAGCAGGUGGCGCUAACUGAAUUAAAAAGUGCCUUGAUUUUUAAUUUUCUUUUUAAAAGCACACAAUUUUUGCUAUUGAUUGUGAAUAUUCUUUUACUGGUUUAAAAGGAGAUUUUAUUAACUAACAGAGCAAUUUGUUAACAUGUAAUGUAUAUGAAAGGAGCGAGUGUGAAAGUAAAGUGGUUUUAUAAAGCAUCUGCUGCUAUUGCUCCAUAAACAGACCAAAAAUCUUGUCCCAUCUCUCGUCAGAAUGUUCCACAGUACUUGCAAAUGAUUUCAAACUUUUCCCAUUUUUGCCACACUACAGCAAAUUAUUACUAUUGUUAUUAUUUUAUGAUUAUUUUUAUUUUAUUUUAUUUUUUACCAAAAACAGUCUGGUUUCUGUCCAGCACCCUAGAGUCAAUAUUUUGUAAAAACCUUCUUUCACUGCAGUCAAGUCUUUUAUGGUAUUUACCUUCCAGUUUUGCCACCUUUAAUUGGACUCAGAUCUGGAAACUGGCCAAUUCUAACAGAAGAAUGAGCUCUGACUGUUUAGCUGUGAACCUCCACCACAAUUUGAAGUCCACUCUUCCCAAGAUAUUUAACCCCACCUUCCUAUCAUAUAGGCCAAAAGCUUCAUGUUGUUUUCACCUGAACAGAACUCCCCCUUCCACAUGAUUGCUGUGUAAGUUGCUUGUUCAAACAGAAAAUUGGACUUCCUUUCUUUCUUUCAAUACUCUCCCAUAAAGGCAAGAUUCAUUCAGAGCAUGCAGAUUCUCCCACCUGAGCUGUGAAUCCCUUCAGCUCCCCCAGACCUACCAAGGUUCUCUUUUUUUUCUGUUAUCUAAAAUCUUGAUAAGUGGAAAAUGAACAUAGAUCAUUCGCAUUGACUCAUAUUUUAAUACUUUCACAUUGUACUUGAAAGUGACAACUUUAGCACUUUGCAGCAGAUCAUUUGGCCCUGCUAGGCAUUUGUCAGUUUGAGAAAUCCCAGCUUAUCUGGUCUCAGACCUCACCCACAGCCUCUCCCAUCAGAUCCAUUAUGAUUAAUGACUGAGUCACUAUUUCUGGACGUGUCACACCACUGGAGACUCAUCAUUUGUCAUUUUUCUCUGGAGCUAGUGAUGGAUGAAGGCAUGUAAAGUUAGCAGGUGGUGCUGUGUGGCUCAGACCUGCGACACUUUUAGAUAUCUAGUGGGUUGCAGAUAUUUACAGGAAUGUAGUCAUAAGCACUAACAUGAGUUUUUUUUAUGAGUAAUUGUGUGAUACAAUGUUCUUGAUUGCUUCUAAUAUGAUGUUGAAUGUAAAGCGUUUUCAUCAGUAAUAAAGUGAACUAAUCAAUGUU